AUGGGCGGUAUAUCCUCUUUCCCACCGUCAAACGCACAUCGGCAACAGAAUAACUUCCGACGAACAAGUGUCGCCUCGUCCAUAACCACGGCCACGCUAGACGACGACCAGAUGGUCACCCCAAUGUCCACUCCACGAAGUCUUGACCCCAACAGCAGCAACAACCUCUACGGACCGGGACCAUCCAGUAUGGGUCUCGACAUGGGAAUGCUCGGAGUCGGAGUCGGGGGAGGGAAUAUAAACGGGCUACUAGGCGGCAUUGGAUCCGGAAUGGGCAGCAGCAGCAGCAACAGCAGCAGUCAACAACCCAUCAUCACCUCAUCCGCCCAAAUGAACAACAACAACAAUAACAACAACAUCAUGUCCAUCGCCACAGGCAUGUCCGGGAUAUCCACCAAUUACCCCCCCAGCAACCUCCCCCCUCUCCCCAACAUGCCCAUUUCCAUGCCCAUGCCCAUACCCAUGGUACCCAUAUCCAGUAUGUCCAGCCUAACCAGUACCCUACCUCUACCUCUAUCCAACAACAACAACAACAACAACCUCUCUGGCCCACACCACCACCGCCCUCUCUCCCAACACACCGGGGGCCAACACACCGGAGGCCAAAAACCCAUUCGCCGACGCAUGCGCAUGAUCACCUCGUGCCUCGAAUGUCGUCGGCGCAAACUCAAAUGCAACAAGUGCAAACCGUGCGUCAACUGCCAGAAAUUCAAUCGCGAAUGUCUCUACCUAGGUCCCAAACUAGACGAAGCUUCCCAGAUGCGAUUAACAGAGAUCAAAGAGCAGGUUGGGUCCUUGGAACGGGCGUUGGAGAGGGAUGUUGCCAAGGGCGCUGCUUCUGUUUCUUCAGGUGGAUAUAGAGGAGAAGGGAUCAGGAUGGGAAUGGGUGGGAUAAUGGGUGUGGGGGGGAGGAGGAGGGGGAGUGGUGUUUCUACUUGGGGGGAUAAUAGCAUAAGAGGAAAAAGGGGGGGAGAUGGAAAUGGAAAUGGGGAGGGGGAUGGGGAUGGGGACGGGGAUGAUGGAGAGGGAGAAGAUUACGACGGGGCAGAGGGAGAAGGGGGAGAACAUGAAGAGGGAGAGGAAGACUUGGAGAUUACGCCGUUGGUGACGAAUGAUGUGGCGUAUGAUGAGAAUGAGACGGAUGAUGUGAUUGAUUUGGGGAUACAGGUGGGUAAGAUGAGGAUUACGGAAAGGAUUGGGGGGAUGAGUAGGCCUAGGUUGGCGGAGGAGAUCCAAGUCGGCAUUGGAAGUCCUCGUAUGGGGAACGCGUCCAACCCAAACGGGGUGCAGCAGCAGCAGCAGCAGCAGCAGGUAGACACAGACAUGAGCUACGCGGAUGCCAACAACAUCCCAGGAUACCACGCCAUAAUCGACCAAGACGGAAACGUAACCGAACACGUCCCGGACUUCCUCCGUCCUAGUGCGGCAUACAUUCCUCCUACCAGCGGCUUCUUCUUUGGGCAAACUGGCCACCCCCCUUCGCUCAUCCACUUCCUGCCAGACAAGUUCAUCGGUGACGGGCUCGUGGCUCGAUACUUUGCCGCCGUGCACCCCAUUGCUCGAUGUGUCCACAAGCAAUCCUUCGAGACCCUGUAUGACGGGUUCUGGCUGGAGGUGCUCAACAACAUCGAGCCGAGGGCGUCGGUGCAGGCGGUGGUAUUUGCUGCCUGGUUCAGUGCCUGUGUGAGCAUGGAGGAGGAGGAGGUGCAGAGGGAAUUUGGGUGGUACAAGACGCAGUUGCUGGAGAAGAUGAAGAUUGGGACGGAGAGCGCGCUGGCGAGGGCCAACUUUUUGAGGACGACCAAGGUCGAGACACUGCAGGCUUUUGUCAUGUACAUGAUACCCCUCUGCAGAGAAGAAGUCUCCCGGGCUCACUCCGUCCUCGUCGGCGCCGCCGUCCGCAUGGCCGAAUGCAUGGGCCUCCAUCGGGACGGUGAAGCCUUUGGUCUCAACCCCUUGGAAACCCACGUCCGUAGACUCAUCUGGCACCAGCUCUGCUUCCUCGACAUCCGGACCUGCGAAGCUCAAGGUCCCAAGCCCACCAUCCGACGAGACGACUAUGACACCCGCCUUCCCCUAAACUGCGAAGAAGACGCCUUCGUCAACCAUCCCGGCUACCCUGUCGUCCCACAAGACCACCAAUGGACUUCAUCCCUGCUGACCAUCAUGCGCUUCGAAGUCAACGAGAUGAUGCGCAUCAUCUGGUCGGACCGCCGCAAGCUCGAGGCCCGCAAGAUGGAUCUCACGCCCGUCAUUGCCAAAAUCGAAAACUUCCGCAAGCGCAUGGUGGAAAAGUACACAACCUUGUUAGACGACCGAGUUCCCAUCCAGCAAUACGCCCGAUAUGUCAUGAACCUGCUCAUCUACCGACUCCACGCCAUGGUAUUGCACCCCUACCACAGCAACACGGCCCACCCGCUUCCCGAGCGCCUGAACGGGCUGCUAGUCGAAAGCGGCAUCCUGAUCAUCGAGCACUCCAUCGCGCUCGAGACCACGCCCGAGUUCCGCGACUGGGCAUGGUACCUGGGUGCCUACCAGCAGUACCAAAUCGCGCUUUUGCUCGCGACCGAGAUUUAUUAUCGGCCCAACAACACCAAAGCGGAUCGCAUCUGGGCGUGUCUGGACUGGGUCUUCCAGCUUGAGUGCGAGAUGCCGAGACAAGAGAAGAGCUUGCGGAUCUUGACUGAGAUCAUGAGCAAGACGAGCGUGUACACGAGCAUGCGCAAGAUGCGGGCCCCAACGAACUUGGUCAGGGCGGUGCCGGGCAAGCAGGCCAUUAAGGAAUCGCCUCCGCCGCCUACGCCGAUAAUGAUGCAGACGUCGUCGCAGCAGCAGCAGCAGCAGCAGUCGUAUGACGCUCAUCAGCAGGCUCAGCAUCAUCAUCAUCAACAACAAAUGAUGAUGCAACAACAGCAGCAGCAGCAGCAACAACCCCUAGUUCUCAAACAGGAACCCGGCCUCCAAACACCGACCAUGCCUCCAUCCUCUUCCAUGUCCAUGUCCGCCGCCGCAGCCAUGGCUUCCAUCAACAUCCUCUCUCUUCCAAACUCAAGCAUGAACGGCUCUCUCUCCCCGGCCGAACAGCACCACCAUCAACAGCAACAGCAGCAACAACAACAGUUGCUCCUCCUCCAACAGCACCACCACCACCAAGUGCAACAUUCCCAACACGUACAAUCCCAACACCACCCGCAGCACCCACAGCAGCAGCAGCAGCAGCAACAUCACCAGUCCCAUGUACACGUGCAGCAUCAUCAACAAAACCAAUGGCCCCCCUCUCAACAACCCCACUGGCACAACAAUACCGACACCAACAAUAACAACAACAACAUGCCGCCACCCAACAUGGUGUACGCAGGGGUCUCGGACGGCGCUGUCCUUUGGGGGUUGCCGCCUGGGAAUAGUAAUAACCCGGGGAGUCCGGAGAACAGUAGUAGUAGUGAUGGGGGGAGUGUGGUGAAUCAUGCUCAUGGUCAUGGUCAUGGAGGGGGGCAAGUAGGUGGGCAACCAGGAGGGGGGAGGAAUGGGAGUGUUGUUGGGGGUGGGGGUUCUAGUGCCUCUAUUGCUGGUAAUGGGAAUGGAAAUGAGGGUGGUGGUGGUGGUGGUGGAGGUAAUGGUGGAAAUAAUAGCAGCAGCAGUCGUGGUGCUGCUGGUGCUACUGGUGGUAGUGGAGGAGGAGGGUCAGGCAGAGGAAAUGGAGGAAGUGGAGGAAAUGCGGGCGGGACGAUAGGUGGUGGGAUAAAUGUUGAUUGGAACCUAAUCGAAUCCCUCUUCCCCACCCACCCCGAAACAGGCCAACCAUCUUUCCAAGCCUUUGCCGAGCCAGUCAUUUCCUUUGUGGACGGCGUUCCGGUUCCCACCAUGCCUUCUUCUUCUUCUUCUCAGCAGCAACAUCAACAGCAGCAGCAGCAACAGCAGCAACAGACACUACAACAGUCGGGAACAUCGUCGGGAUCGGGAUCGGGAUCGGGAGGGCAUAAGUUACCAGUCAGGGUGGGAACAGGGCAAGGACAAGGACAAGGUCAUGGACAAGGGAGGAUGAAAGGGGAGGAAUAG